AUUGGCCACCCUCAGGGCUAUAGGAGCUCUCCUCACCUCACCACACGACCAGACGCCGGUGACACCAGGGAGAAACACUCUCUCAUCAUGAUGGGCAAGGUUGUGGCUGCUGGCAUGGCUCUUCUCCUGAUCUCAGUGAUCGGAACCGAAGGUAUGGCCCUGGCCCGUUCAGGGAUUGAACUCCGGUGCCAGUGCAUAGACACCCACUCCAAGUUCAUCCACCCCAAGUUUAUCCAGAACGUGAACCUCACCCCCAGCGGACCUCACUGCAAGAAUGUCGAAGUCAUAGCUACUCUGAAAGACGGCAGAGAAGUGUGCCUGGACCCAACUGCUCCCUGGGUAAAGCUGAUCAUCAAGGCAAUUUUGGACAAGGCAAACACCAAGCCCGAGAACGUGUCCUAAAGCAAAGAACAAAACUGUCUUACCUCCUCCAGGAAGGCAAAAAUGGGAGAUGCCACCGCACAGCUUCUGGCAGCUCAUUUCCUCCUGCCUCCUACGUUCACAUUUUUAUCAGCAUCUAGAGAGUAGGGAUUCCCUGAUUGUGUAGUUAGUUGACAACAGUACUCUAAGUCUUUUAAAGAGGUCUCAGACAGGAGAGAAACCACUGAAAUCAGAAAAAGCAGGCAGAAAAAACAGCUUGUGAAAAGUGAUGGAGAUGAUUCUGGAGUCAUUUUUACUAGCCACAGCUGGACCAGUGCAGUUCACUCUCAUCAGAACCUUCUCUAAAGGACAUCUUCCCUUUUCGCUAAUUGUUUAGGAGCUGACCAACAGCUCCUUUUCUCCAGGAAUGCACUGACAGGGAGCAACAACUGUGCCUAGGUCACUGCCACUUGCAGUGGGCUGCUGACCAUAAGGGGGGGGAGGGGACUUUCAAAAUUAAAAAGCUACAAUUCUGAGGUACCAUUUUGUGCCAUCAUUUUCAAGGUAUUAUUUAUUGUGAAUUAUUGCUGUGAAGCUAUAAGCAUCUAUUUUAAAGACAUAUUUCAGUUAGAAAAAAGCACCUUAUUUAUUUAUUUGAAUUAUGUUAGACUUUUGAUAUUGUUUCUAUAAGUAAUUACUUAAUUUAUAUUUUGGCAUGAGAAUGUAGUUGGUCUUCAUGCUUUCAUUAUUUAUUUUUUUAUGGAAAAUACUGAAGUUUAUGUACCUAAUAAAUGCUUGUUGAAAUGU